ACCGCCAUCUCGUCGUGCAGCUCGGCAAGGGAAAUGAUUGGAUCCGUCAUGCUUCACCCACGUGGUACAAAUGCUAAGCCCCUCGCGAUCAUGCAGCUUUGUGCUUCUUGGAUCUCCGUCACUCCUCAUUCAGCAUAGAGCAGGGUGGCUAGAUGAGGCGCUACAUAACUCAGUUCGCCUCACCACGCUACACGAACGUCGUGCUCUCUCAUCUUCACGGUUUACUUUCCAUAGACCGCCAUCAGCUAAAUACACCCAACCACACAUGGCGACUAGCAAAGCCAUCCCACAGGAACGAAUUCCAGCCUUGCAGCGGGUCUACGAUACGCUCUGCUUUUAUCUCGGGUUUUACGAUGACGAGAAGCAUCUAGUGCGGGAAAUCUUAGAUGGCGACUUCAUCAAGCCUUUCUUCGAGGAGUACCGGCACGACUAUCUCGAGGUGGCCCCGCAGGUCGAGGAUAUAGACUGCGACGAACUAUUCAGAUUAUGUAGGUCGACCGACGCGUUCGCUAUGCCCAAGUACGCGAGCUCCCCGAUAUCUAACAAGGAAGGCUGGACAGCGUUGGACCACGCGAUACACUUUGUUGUCCGUGUUCUUUGCUUCAGCUGGGAAAACGAUGGCGAGUGGACACACGGCAAAUUCGACCCCGAUAAUGACCAGGAAUCCGAAAGUGACACGGAAUUCCACCAAGUCUGGGCCAUUUUACGCUAUCUGCAGGCCGAGUGGGAAGCGGCCAACAUGGAGCAAUGGGAAGUGGGCGGUUUGGAUGAGACGUUUACAAACAUGUCGUCGAGUAGGUUAUAAGUCACCAUCAUAAUCAACAAUGUUAGGACAUAGACAGCGAAA